AGAUUUCUAACAUAUUGUGACUCGCGUUUCUUUUGUUUCAUAGCUAAAAGAUUCUAUUAUUUUGACCCAGACAUUAAAUAGACGCGUGUGCAGUUAUUAACUAAUCAAAUCUUAUGAACUCCUCUCAACCCGCACAGACUUGUUUAAAGGAUUUUGCGUAUUUCUGGACAUAUGCAUAUGUUAGCAUUGGGGAGAGGAGCAUUAUACUUAAUGCAUUACUACUCGUCCUUCACAGCCACACCCUAAAAUGACAAUGCUUUCGUUUACUGUGGAAAUUACACGAAUAUUCAAAGGAGUAUAACAACAACUAAUUAAUGAAGAAAAUUAAAUAUUAUUCUUCAGAAUAGGCGAUAGCUAAUGAAUUCGGCAUGCUUGAAACGCUCGGAGUCGUUAAAAAUAACAAAGUAGUUCGAAAUUUUUGUACACAUUCUAUAAAAGAUGACCACUGAAACCUAUUCGGAUCUGACGUAUGAGCGAGGGAAGGUGUCUAAAAGAUCUCUACGACCAAAAUUAUUAAAAUUGACAGAUGUGACAAUUCCACACCGCAGUCGGAAAAAGAACAAAGUUAAGACGAAAGACCGCUCAGCCACAUCGGUACGGGAAAGGAUCUACGAUGAUCCAGCCUACACGGAGGAUAUAAGCCAUUUGGCGAAUCCUAUGCGCCGCAGUAGCAUUUCCGGGAAAACAUUAGUGGAUCACAAAGCGAGAUCUGAAUCACACGGUCAUCAUUUGUCCAACAGUCUGCUGACAAAGAACCAGCUAACCAAGGAGCUGAAGCAGUAUGUGGCGGAAAAGCAGGGCACCAUUAAGGUACAAAACCCUUCCUCUGCUGUGCCCGGCAGCACAGCCAUCAGCUUAAAUUUCGAUUGCGAUUCGAGCAGCUCCGACAAUGAUGCACUGGAGCCAAUCAAAGGCGGAAUGACUAGACGGGUGCGCAGUCUAGAGCGCUGUAUGGCCGCCACGGCCCCGGAAAGAGCGGAAAAGAAGGGAACCCAGAAACGCAAUUCAAAACAGAAGCGGAACCUUAGCCUUGACAACAACAUCCAUUUGCCACCAGGUCAACCGCAACGGGAGGCUAGAGCUGCUGGUAAGCAUCCACACGACGCUGAUUUCCGAACUCGCAAGGAGCGAAAUCGGAAGCAUUAUAACGAGGGCACCGCGGAAGUUGCUUCUAAUGAAAUUAGUGAACUAGAUGACGGAUACUCUGCUCGGAGUUCGGUUCAGGACUCCGCCGCCACAGUACCUGCAGACUCUCCCGCUGGCGCGGUUAAGGUUGCUAUUGGCAAACGUUUUCUGCGCGGCGAAAUUGGAAUUAAAAGCUUUAAUUAUUAUUUGAUUAAGGAGGGCUUAAAGACCUCAAAAAAAAUAGUUGACAAACAACGAAAUCCGGCUGGCAAUUGGAAGACCUCCCUCAAGACCGAUAGGCGACAUUCCCGCAGCGAAGAGAACAUUUACGAGGAGAUUUUCUUUAAGGAAACGGCCAAUCCAUCGACAUCGUCAGUCACUGGCUCCGCCACCGGCGUACCAGUUGUCUCCGCGUUAUCUGACAAAAAAUCUCAAAUUCAUUACCUAGAAAAAAGCGGGAUUCAGCCACAUGGAGUGGGAGCAACCAUCGAUGGAGACGAAAGCGCAAACACAUUAGCAGACUGCGAGAUCUGCAUGGAGCAGUGCAGCAAAGACAACUGUGAGUACUGCUUGGCACACGAUGGACAACAGGCUAGUGAAAAGCUUAAGGCGGUCCAGCCACAACGAGAGCAGUACAUCACCAAAGGACAGCACCAAGACAGCUCCAUGGAAUCGCGAACCUUUUCCAAUGCUUGUCCUGGGGUCGGGUUACCGGCUGCCCAUAUUUUAGAGUUUCAGUCCUACAACCCCAAUAAUCCGGGCGUGUAUAAAAUAGAAACGACACCAGUGGCCAUAACAGGCGACUACAACCCUAUACUCCAAUUUCAGCAGUCUUCAGCCACUACGUCCACCUCAAAUACUACCACUCCCAGUGAACAGCAGCCGAUGCAACAACAGCUCUAUGAUGGCUUCUAUCUUUCUCACCAGAACCAGAGACCGUAUCAGUCGCCUAUUGUUGGUAACCCACUUCCAAGUCACUAUGCUACCAGUGGAAGUUUGCUUUUGGCCAAGGUUUCAGGGGCCACGCAUGGUUCCGCCACCCCUCCUCAGCGAGCCCAGCAGCACUACAUAGUGGGAUAUCAAAAUGGAGGAGGGUCAGUCGCUGGAGCAGCAUCCUUACAGAGACUUAAUACGAAGUCCUCCUCCUCCAGUGACUCGCUUCCAUAUCAUAAGUAUAAUACCAUGGCCCGACUGGAGGCAAAUGUAUUCGCAGCACCUGCUACAGGAGACCUAUACUACGCAGUUGGCGGGACGCAGCCGCUGCAUCCACUGAUAUAUGCGGCUAACCGACCUAUUGGAGGAUCCCAGAUCUUGGUAGAUCCUUACGACCCCCAGAUAUACAAGAGCGACUCCAAGGCCUCUAUUCUCAGCGAGUUUUCGCUUCGCAGCAGCGAUAAUUCUCAGCGCUAUGCUCGGCAUCCUCAUCGGCGUCAUGGCGGACGUGUCAGUGACUCGAGUCUCUUUUCAGUGUAUUCGAACUCUGGCCAGAGGCGGUACUUUGGAAGCUCAGAGAGCAGGUUCGGAUAUGAUUGCCGGCGCUGCAGUCUGGAUGGUGUCAUCGGCAUUGGGUCUAGGGUUGGAGUUCCCAUCGCAGCUCCCGAUAAGUGCAGCUAUUCUGACAACUGCCGAUACGAGUGUCGAAAUUGCGAUUGUUCGUCAAAUUACUUUAGCUCAGACUUUGACGAUGUAUACGGGUCCAUAGCUCAGGGUGGAAGCAGCGGCAUACCGCGAAAGACUGCUGCCGGGACUUUGCCAUCCAGUGCGCAAGACGAGACCAUGCAGCUUCUGGAAAACGUUUCACCAUCGAUGGAGCAGCAGAAGUACGCACCGCCGCUAGAUCUAAAACAGAACAAAUAUGCCCAGGAUUUUUUUAAACAUGUUAAUGAUGUUAAGCGCAGCAUUUAUCAGUCUGAAAUGCAGAGAAAUAAUAGUUUGGAAUCUGCCAUGCGGAGUCCAAGAGCUACAAGCAGCACAACCAGCAAUUCCAAAGUGGUUACCAAACGGACCGCCAUCCAGGAACCCAGAGAAGAACCCGUGGUAACAACUCUUCCGUUAAGCAGGGGGCGGCAGGCUGCAGGAGUUAAGCCAACGCCUGCUCCAAGAACUAGUCUGCGAGCGCAGACACCAUUACCUGAGUGCUCUGUACCAAGGGAUCCUACUCCAAGCAAGCGCAAAAGUCAAUCCACUGGACGAAAAGAAUAUCCAUCUCUAGACCGACUGGUAGCGUCUUCUACGGGAACUAUUCCCAAAGCGCUGCACAGGAAUACGGCGGAGGCAGCCUUGCAAAGCCCGACGAUGACUCAAAAACCUAGUUGUUCCGAGGCUCCUAUUGCUGGUGAAAAAAUAAAACCUGUUGAAGAGCACUUAUCACAAUCUGCGGCCAAAAGACAUCAUCGCAUAAGCGGAUCAAAAGCCCAUCAAAAUACACCUGGGCCCAGCUUACGCCGUAAAGACAUUCCAGCCCCUCCACCGCCUUCUCCAGCUACUUAUUCCGACCUUCAGGAGCUCAAGGCAAAUAUGGAGGGUCUUCAGGACGAUACGAAUUCUCGAAGUUUAGAAGGAGACACACAUAAUUUAAUAGCUGGCGAACAGUCGGAUCAAACUCAGAAAAAUUGCUCAAUCGGUACUCUAACUAGUGCCCUAGAGGCAAGUGCAGCAGACACAGAUGACAACGACGUAUUUUACGAUGCGCGCAGCGAGGAUUCUGUUGGUGGUAUCUUGCCUUCGGAGGCUAGUGACAUUUUAAAAAUGAGUCCCUCUCACGUGAUGACAUCCUCACAGGCAGUUAAGGACUUUGCUAGCGAGAAUAGCAAGGCCGUGAUAGACAUCGAAGAAGCGAAUUCCGCCGAGGAUAUCGAUUCUCCGUCUCCUGCUGCCCAUGCGCCAGUAGGACGAGAGCGAGCGCCAAUCGACGGCAGGCCGGAAGACAUUGCUAUCAAUAAUUGCAACGGCAAAGCUGAGACCUCCAAUCGAGGGGUCGGGAGCCCAGCUGAAGCCGGGAGCGAGCAAAACUCGGUCACACGCUGUCGUCCAAUCUCUCGCCAACCGUCGUCCAUAGACACUGUGGGGGAAGAUGGCGAAAAGGCAACCAAAACAAAACACGAUGCUUCACCAGAUAUCCCCAGCCAACAUGUUGGUCCAACAUGUGUGGAGGGGCAACGCACAGCGGCCUCAGCAACAAAUGUUGCUCGCAGAAUCUCAACAACCACCAACGCUGGAAACACGAACGCCAGCACAGUCAAGUUGGAGCUUAGUUGCAAGACGGGAAACACGGAUAGCGCAACGCUUGCGGUAGCGCACAGUGACAAGACGCCUGAUGUUACCAAUCAGAAUCUAACACAUCCGAGACCACUAACCCGCCAGGACUACGCCUGCUUCGACUCCAGUGAGGCACACUCUGACGAUAGUCACCUGACACGCGAUUCCAUUACCAGGGAGUCCCAGAAUGAUGAGCUCUCUUCAUCAACACUUGAGAAACUAGACGUUAGCACUCUACCGCUGCCCGCUCUCCCCAAGCGUCGCCGCACUCGUUCCCGCACCAGUCCCUCGAAAAAUCGACAGCAGCAGCGUCAUGAAGGCAUCGAAGACUCCAAUGCGGUCGAUGAAACACCGGCAGCAGCAGUUCAAAAGCCGGCGCAGCCUCGUCAUCGAACAGUCACUUCAGAACUAAGCCUGCCAAAUAGCAACACAGUUGGUCAGGAUCAGAAACACCUCUCCGCCUUUCAGCAGUACGUUGCGAAGCGACGAGAGAGUCUCGAGACAUCCAAUCGUUGUUUUAACGAGAAACUCGAAAGGCGCAGAAUGCACUACCAUAUGGGUGGUGGUAUCGCCAGUGGAAACGACGCCUCUACUAAUUUGAAGACUGGCUCAAACGGAGUACCCACUUAUCUUUUUGGAGAACAUUUCCACCGGGUGAGCGGCUAUGGCCGGAAGUCCAUAUCGCCCGCGACAAACAAGGAGGAAAUAUUCCUGAACAAAUCCGGCUGGGUACAGGUCAACACGAUGCGUGGAAGUAACAAGGAUGACAAGGACAUUAGUCAACUCAGCUAUGGUCAACAGAAUGGAGGAAGCAUUUAUCCAGACAAUGCUCGUGCACAAAAUUCGGCGAGGGUGACUCUUCCGGAUCGUGGGCAACGCUCAGAGCUGGCACGGCAGUCAUUUAUCAAUCAGCACCAGCAACCCAAUAUAAGCCUAACUGAGGCCAAAUUUGUCGGCUCUAAAGUGGAGGAGUUGAUUCAGAGAAACGAAGCUCGUCUUAGUGGUUACUCCUCACGGGACCCUGCCCUCCGCCCGGGCUAUCGGAUUAUCGACCCACAACUGGCCAACAUUCUUAAUGAGCGCCCAGGCUUUUUGCCAGUAAAGAGCCCGAACGAUCUGGACUCCCCCAUCACUCCGAUUUUGUCGCCACCACUCGCAUUUCAAGACAACAGCCGAAAUGUUCGGCGACCGGAACGUCGAAAGACAGUUAGCCAGCAAGUACCCCUGCCUUUACCAGUGCUGUUCCAGCCACAGGCCCAAUUGGCCACUCAGCCCCAAAAUAAUGGGUCCGCCAAAGGCAUGGUUUUCUCUCGCAGUUUUGAGUAUGACACACGUCGUCCCACGCCCACCGACAGCUAUGUAGAGACGUUUUCCCGCAGCUUUGACGGAAACCUGUCAGAGCGUCCGCUAAACCUGACCGUUAUAGCGGCCAGCAGGCAGCGCUCGCCCAAUUUCAGCACUCUGACCGGCAACUCACCCAACUAUCUGACUAAGCGGGAAAGUGGCGGUGGCAGCAGUGGCUCCCUUCGCAGUCGCGACAACUCUCCCAAAUAUCUGCAUCCGCAGACGACAACGCCCCACUUGAGUGCAUCUGUCAAGGAGGCGCCUCCUGUCUACAGCUCUGCUAUGGCCACCGGGAGCAAGGCCAAGUAUUCACCGCGCUCUCGUCAUGAACGGACUGCAGAGCGUUCCAAGGUCCACGCUAUUGGACGUUCUCGUAAGUCCCAGUUUAACCGCGUGGGAAGCGCCGGACCUUUGUUGGCGCAUUCCAAUACAAGCAAUAUAGGAAUGUCCCGUUUUCGAAGCUUUGAUACGUCCAAGAACCAGCGCCUCAAUUCUUGUGACAGUGGCGCAAGAUCAGAUCUUUCCAAUGAUGAGUUGGACAACGAAGAUGGCGGCUUAAAUGAGUUUCUCUCCACGGGCAGCCAAAAGUUUCCCAAAGCCGGAUCGUGUAGUGUCAGCAUCUCGCCGUUCAAGAUGCAGCGCCAACGGUCCCUGACACCAGAUCGAAACGACUCCCACAGCUCGUCCAGUAGUUUACGAAAGCAACGAUCACUGACCCCGGAAUCCAUGUCCUUGACUCCAGAAGAGCGGCGCAAGAAGGGAUCCCAGCUUUGUUUAAGCGGCUCUCGUCAGAACUUUAGUUCCAGAAGCAACACUUUAGACGUCCGCCAGCGGCACGAGGAAAAAACUCCAACCAACAUAUCAAGAAGCUCCUCCAGCUCAAGUUACAGUGGCGGCGACUCCAAGGAGCCCCUCAAUACCGGUAUAAACUCGACUGUAGUAGCCUCGUCCGCCGUUCCUGAAAGUAGUUCAUCCAGCCAUCGUCGAACAAUGUCCAAUAAAAAAGCGGAGCAGGAGCACCUAAUUCGACGCUCGAGAUCCUUGCAACUAAGCGAGCGCUCUCCGAACCGAACGCAUAAAUCGAUUGUUAACGUUGGUGCUGUGUCCCCGCAUCAGCAGCCCCUACAUCGCUUGUCAGGAAGUAACUACUUCCCUCCCGCCAUUCGAGCCUCUCCAGCUGGGGCUAAGAUCCAUGUCAACUCUGUGGCAUCCAGCAACUCGAUCAGAGUGCGACAAAGCGAUGCGGACAAAGCGCUGUCUUUCGACUUCGACUACAACAACUACCAUCGCAGAGGAGGGGCAAAGGGUUCAGUACGGACUGCUCAGACAAGUGGGAGCGGAGGGGACAGUGGACAGCCCCGCUCCUUUGACGACGACCUUUGUGAAGCUGUGCUAAACAACAACAACGGAAGCAAUAUAGGCGUAAGCGGGCAACGUUUCCAACAACAUGCUUCCGAUUCCGGGCACGCGUCCGUAGCCUCCACGUCCUCGUCACGCAUGCGGAAAUCCAAUUCGCCCGGAAACGCAUCAGCCAUAGACGCAUCACGAUCUCCUCUGUCAUCGGGGUCGUCAUCUAACAAUGUCCAGCAGCCAGUUAGACAAUCGGGUAGUCCUCAGAGCUAUGGAACACGCCUUUGCGAUCACGAGCUUACCUAUGAAAUGCUGCGAAAAUCACCGAUCAUUAACUUCCGCCGAGGAGACAGCGGUGACUUCGAGAUGCCGGUGAUGCUUCGGAAUCGUGAAACCAUCAACUCUGGUGGAAACAGCGAGCUCAACUUUAUGAGCAACGAAACACGAAUCUACGAACACCCUACAACGGUAUUAAAGCCGCAGCGCUCUAUCCGCCAAAGUCCAGGAUCACGGGACGACCUUACCCUUGAGGUCGCGGUCGGAGUGGGUGGCGACUACACUUACAAGCAGCCAGCUACUCAACCGCAUAGCAGCAGCAGAAACGCAGAGUACCCAAAAACGGCAACCACCAAAAGCUGCAGCAAAACAUUGGAUACCUGCGACUAUUGGCCACGUUGCUCGGCCUGUCAGGAAAGGAGUUCACUCGGAGAAAUAAAAAAAGAUCAGACCACGUCCAGCGCAUCUGUCAUCGAGCUGGAUCAUUUGCAGCCCCAUGUUACAUCCGUGGCCGUUAACAAAGAUACUUCAGUUCUGAGCAAAAGGCAGUCACGUGUGGAAAAAUCAAAUUCGUCGUGGACCCUUUUGUGUAGCAGUAUCGCCAGCGUGUGCCUUCUUUUGGACCAGACAGAAAGCGACUUGAAUGCACACCAAGGGACAGCAGAGAAGAACAUCACGGCCAGAAAUGUUGUAAACGAAAGUCAUCACUGGAUGGGUCGCAGUCGUUCUCUGCCAAGUCUGAUGCUACCGGGAUUCCAAAUCGCGGGAAUUCCCCGAACUGGAAACCACGGAAUAAAGACAAACGCAGGAUUCGCUGGUAGCUUGUCACAGCAAAUAAAGGCUGUCUCCAGUCCCACACUGACAGAACCGCUCUCAGAACCACCGCUACAGAAGCAAAUUGAUGCCACGGAUGUUCCUGUCACAGGCAUCACUGUCGAAAGUGCAUGCGGAGGUCUGGGCGUCUUGCAGAAGUUUAAGCGCACUCUGAACAAUUUGAACAGCAAGAAUCAAAUGCACAUUUCUCCGUUGUCCCUAACGGCGACAGGCAGCAAUCUGCCAAAGAUUAAGACAUUGCCAACCGCACCGACUGUAUCCAUCACAGCUCCAGCGACGACAACUGGCGAGACUGGAGCAGAAGGCGGAGAUGCAAGCUCCGGAAAGUACCGAUUUGGACCUCUCAUCUGGCGAACUUCCAAAGAGCGCCGAAAGACGAAGUACAACCGUCGGGACAAGUGCAAUUCCGGCGACUCGGGCAUUCAGAUCGAGUUAGAACAGGAUGAGCAAUACUCCCGCGCCAUAGUCAUGAGCGGCCAAGGAGAGACGAGCGUUUCAAUAUCUACAAAUGGGACGUCUAGCAUCGCGGACACUAAAAUGAGAGCAAUACGUCGAACUAACUCCGCCAAGGCAAGCAGCAUUUUGGGACCUUUUAUGAUUAGAACCAAAAUCGCUAAGAAUAUGGAUAUAAGGGAGUCUAACAAGGUUGAACGCGAAGCACCGGCGUCUUUGCCCAUGCGAUCGCUUAGCCAGCCAAGUGGCCUAGAGUCCUACGGCAUGAGUCGUCCCGACCUUGAGGAUAGCGAUAGUGACAGUGUCGCAUCAAACGAGGAAGUCAGCUACUACCAAACUAUUUAUGCGGAGGUUCUCUACAACUUCACGGCCGGCGGACCGCAAGAACUGGGCUUGGAGCGAGGAAUGCUUAUUGAAAUUUUGCGCAAGGAAGUUGGACCCUGGUGGUUCGGUCGAAUUAAGAAGGAGGAAACCAAUCUCGUAGAAGACAUUUUGGGUCCUGAGCUUGGCUGGUUCCCCAAGGAGUUUGUGCGAGUUAUUCACUAUCCUGAGACGGAUCUAUUCUUUAACGCGCACAGGGCCGGUGUCGCUGAAGCUGAAGAGGCUGGUGGAGAUGAAGAGUCAAUUCCUGUUCCUGUUUCAACAUUCGCCGAGGACACAGACGUUAUCGUGACCACAAAUCAAAGCAACGUUACUCUUAUUGUCAUUGAAUCACCUACGACCUCGCUAUGCGCUUCUGGUGUCGAUCCAAUUGCCCAGCUGGACCACAACACUAUGCUACGCCGAAGCGCAGUUCGUGAACUGCUUGAUACGGAGGUCAACUAUGUCAAACUGCUGGCAGCCAUUUGUGAUGGGUACCUGCCAGCCAUGAGCAAGCGCAUCGAUAUAUUCUCUCCAAAUAGUAUUCGUCUGAUUUUUUCCAAUAUAAUGGCCAUUUAUAAGUUCCAGCGAAAGUUUCUGGAGGCCUUGCGGCGAGGAAUCGAUCAAAACCAGAUUGCUAAGGUUUUUCUCAAAAUGCACAAAGGGUUUCUAUGCUAUUCCACAUACUGCAACGCAUAUCCCCGAGCCCUAAUUGAACUAGAGACUUACGACCGUGUAAAAGACGCUCGUACUAUUUUGGACAAUUGUCGAGAGUCGGGAAACCUUGCCGAGCUCCCCCUGUCAGCCCACUUGCUGGCACCAGUGCAACGCAUCUGCCGUUAUCCCCUACAUCUCAACGAGAUCAUUAAGUCGGCAUUGGUCAAAACAACGAAGGGAGCGGAUGAGUUAGACCGUGUUACCAAGCCAUCUCACUAUGAGGAACUUGACGUCAACGAACUCGACAUACCCGACUCUCAAGAUACUGUCAAUUUGGCUCUAGAGGCGAUGCGUGGCAUCACAGAGGCAGUAAAUGAGGGAAAACGCCACAGCGAAACGAUUGCAAGACACCAAGCCAGUUUCCAGAAUUUUAAGGGGCCGCCGCUACAUUUGCACAGCGCUCGUUUUUUUCUGCAGGUUGAUGCUACGAGACAAAAACAAAAUCUGUGGAACAGCAGCUACACGCUGUUCCUAUUCGAUAACCAGCUCGUAUACUGCAAACGAGAUAUUAUCAAACGCAGUCACUUCAUCUACAAGGGACGUAUUUUCCUCGACCGCUGUCGCGUCGUAAACGUAAGGGACGGAAAAAUGUUUGGACACACCAUAAAGAACUCGUUGCGCAUCUACAGCGAGUCGCGUGACAAAUGGUACGAUUUUAGUUUCCGGUCAGCGAAUCGGAAGCAUCGCUUCCUAAGCACCCUCGCUUUAGAGCGUCAGUUUGGUGGUAAAGCCUUAUACGUAUCGGAGAUGACAGGUUUUGAAUACAACUACGAGGAACGGCCUGGUGACUGUUCAGACCAAUCUGAUUAUGAGGCACAAGAGCUUGAAAUAGCAAUGGGGGCCACCAGUGGUGAGAGCUCUGUGCCAGAGUCACCUGCCAAAUCCACAUCGCGUUUGUGUGAGACCUUGCCCAAAAAAUCACAGUCAAGGGACGGAAUAUCCAGCGUAGACAACUCCCAAAUAGUGUCCACCACAUCAACAAGUUCGUUAGGAAGACGCCAUUUUGGCAAUUGGUUCCGCAAGCCAAAAAGCACCAACUGCACUCCGAGUCAGUCGCCGACGCAUAAGACGGGCUUUGAUGCAGAUGCGACUCUCACGGAAGCCCGGGUAGCCGCCAUGGAACUGGCUGAAGCUGCGGCAUCGCUAGUACCAACGGAUAGCUCCCUUGCGUAAUUGCUCGUCACAGUUAGAAACAAAUCAACAAUACGACUCACAAUUUUCAACAUACAAGACACAAAGAAAUGUAUUCGUAGAAGAAUACACGGUAAAAAAUAUUUGUUACAAUAAUAUUAAAUUGCCUUUAAUCAUAGUUCAGAAUGAGUAUUUAAUUCUGAAAGAGUUUUCUUGUGUUACCUUUUUUGUCAAUAUAAAAUAAUAAUUGUUUUUUGUUAAAUUUCUUUCCUUAAUGUCCUUGAAUAUCUGUAAAAGGAUUUGGUUACAGUACCAAAUAAUUCGGUUAUAAAUUAUUGUUUUACGACAAAUAACAAUACUAUUCUUCCGGCAUUUCAAUGCGGUUUUAUAAAAAUUUGUCGCCGACUGCUAGUCUAAAACCCUAUUACAUGUCCAUACUUGUAAUUCUAGGUUACGUGUUAAGUCGAUAAUAAAAACCCGUAAAUUAUUAACAUUUUUCUGUGUCAAUACGCCAGGUUGCUUAGAGACCUUCACAAGCUGAAUCGAAAACUACCCACAGAACCGAUAUUGAAAUGCGUUUACGAAACGUUAAUACAUUAAAAUAUGACACAUUUGAACAAGAUUAAGUACAUACUCAUUGUAUUUAACGUGCAUUGAGGCUUGUAUUUCCCAUGGCAUUUGUUAAUUUGUUAGGCCAAACCACUACGGCAUGUUUUCAAGAUAAAGUUUACGACCUUACAUAGUGAACAGAAGAUAUUAAUAAAGGUAGUAAAAUAUUAAUAAAGGAACAAUAUUAUUACAUAUGAACAAAUCGUUGUCAUUUUGAUAUGAAUAUUAUGUUUGGCAAAAAUUGGUUUAUUGUCAAUUUAAAGUCUUGAAAAUUAGGCAAUGUUAACAUUAUAAAAGCAAAAUGCGACAUUACAAUUGAGCGAAUUUAUUUUUUUCUAAAAAGAAUGUAUGUUGAAUAUAUCCGAUAAGCUUAUUAAUCAUUGCCUCCCCUAUUGGCAAGAAAUAUUUAGACAGUAUUAGUUGACAAAGAGAUAUAAAUUCAUUAAGCAAUUUACUAUAUAAUAGACUUUGCCAAAAAAUCGAAUUGAUUUUUGCAAAAGAAUUUCUUUUAAAAAUGAUAUACCACAAAUUCCCGAAGUCCGUACUUGCACUAUUGUACAACAUCAUGAACAACAGAUCAGGAUAGGGCAAUGGAUAAAAAUUAGAUUAGGAGCAAAACAACAAUGGAAAGGUCGCACUGUUUGUUAAGUUUUAAUGGGAUUAACGCGAUAUUACAAAAUAUGUAAAAACAUACAGAUUUGAGUUGAGCAAGUUGUAUUGGAUCGCGUAAACGUUUCACAGAAAUAACAUGUACCCUAACUGAAAAACCACAACUUUAUACAUUUAGCACCCUCAAAUAUGCUCUCUAUGCCAAAUAAAUAAAAAUAUAUUUAUCCAA